CGCGUGCCGUGCUUCAGAGGAGUUCGGCGCAGGGCGGCAGCAGCGAUGGGUCGGCGCCCCUUCAAGUGCUAUCGGUACCAGAAGAACAAGCCGUACCCAAAGUCGCGCUUCAACCGCGGCGUCCCUGACCCGAAAAUUCGCAUCUACGACGCGGGCAAGAAGAAGUACCCCGUUGACAUCUUCCCGUUCGCCGCGCACAUGGUGUCUGUGGAGAAGGAGCAGCUCUCUUCCGAGGCGCUCGAGGCGGCGCGUGUGGCGUGCAACAAGUACAUGGUGAAGAACGCGGGCAAGGAGUCCUUCCACCUGCGUAUCCGUGUGCACCCGUGGCACGUGCUCCGCAUCAAUAAGAUGCUUUCGUGCGCCGGCGCGGAUCGGUUGCAGACGGGCAUGCGCGGCGCGUUCGGCAAGACGUACGGCACGGUUGCGCGCGUCGAGAUUGGGCAGAUCCUGCUCUCGGUGCGCGCCCGCGACGUGCACAAGCCGCAGGUGCUCGAGUCGCUCCGCCGCGCAAAGUACAAGUUCCCCGGCCGGCAGCGCCUCUGCGUCUCCAACAACUGGGGCUUCACGAAGCUGCCUCGCGAGCGGUACGAGGCGCUGCAGGCCGAGGGCCGCCUCGUCAAGGACGGUAUCAACGUGAAGGUGCUCGCGCCGAAGGGGCCGCUCGACUCCCGCACGCUGUCAAAGCUGCCGCUCUCCAUGCUCGGCGACUGAAUGCGCCGAACGACUAGCGGGCGAUGGCGUAUAGCCGAGAGAGUGGAUAGGACGGUUCUGGCGCGACGCACAUCAUGUUAUGUGCGUCUUUUUGAGUCUUGCGUAGUACCACCCAUUGAAAAACCAUAAA